CGCAACCAUGUCGGAGGGUCUCUUUUUCAACGUCACUACCGGCUACAUCGAGGGUGUUGUGCGCGGCUACCGAAACACAUUAUUGACAGGUCAACAAUACAGCAACCUGGCACAAUGCGAGACCAUUGAUGGUAUCCUCUCUCCGCAUCGCCUUCUUCAACUGGGUCCCGCAUACGGUGAUUUCCUUGCCGACCUCCCUCCGAACCCCUCAACGAGUGCUCUCGCCGACAAGUUACUCGACAAGCUCGUCUCAGAGUUCCGCUACGUUCAGGCCAACGCUACUGGAGCCCUGUCCAAGUUCAUGGAGUUCUUGACCUACGGAUACAUGAUUGAUAACGUCGCCCUUCUCAUUACUGGAACACUGCACGAGAGACACCGCGAGCAGCUGCUUGAUCGAUGCCACCNNCCUCUAAGUCACCAAGAUCUCGACGAACUCAACAUCGAAAUCAUUCGCAACACUCUCUAUAAGAACUACCUUGAGGACUUCCACAACUGGGUCAACACCCACUCUGGUGUCGCUGGCAGCCCAACAGCCGAAGUCAUGUCUGAGGUUCUUGAAUUCGAGGCCGACCGCAGAAGCAUCAACAUCACACUCAACUCCUUUGGCACCGAUCUUUCAAAGGCAGACAGGCAAAAGCUGUACCCUGGCUUUGGAAAGUUGCACCCGGAGGGAACCUUGAUGCUGUCAAGAGCAGAUGAUCCCGAGGCUGUCAGAAUUGCCGUUGAUGGUGUACAUGAUUACCGCACUUUCUUCGAUCAGACUGGCAUGGGUUCAGGCUCCAACGUUGGCAACAUGGCUGGUGGUUCCGAUGAAGGCAAGAGCUUGGAAGAUUUGUUCUACCAAAAGGAGAUGGAACUGUCCAAGCUUGCUUUCACUCGCCAAUUCACCUACUCCGUGGUUUACUCGUGGGUGAAGCUAAGGGAGCAGGAAAUCCGCAACAUCACUUGGAUAGCAGAGUGCAUUGCCCAGAACCAGAAGGACAGAAUUGGCAACUACAUCAGCGUCUUC